AUGGCGACCGUGAAACCUGUGUUGCGGCGAAGCCACACGAAAUCAAAAUUUGGCUGUCAAGCUUGUAAGCAGCGACAUGUCAAGUGUGAUGAGUUUCGACCAACAUGCCACAGAUGUCUUUCGUCAAAGAUUACAUGCAAGUACCCCGACCAGACUGAGGUGGAAGACCCAGACGAAAAGGAGGCCUCAGCCCUAUGGUGGCCGGUAGACAUUGAAAAAUCAUGCGAGCAAUGGAAAGAAUCAGGAGAACCGCCAUUUGUGUCGCUUUCACCGUCUCCAAGCUGGCACAAUAUGGACAUGAAGGACCUGAAGUACAUCUACAAGAUGGCUCUGGUUGCCAACAUCCUCGACCUGAGCAAUACAACCAACAUUUGCCUAUUAUGGGGUGAGAUGGGCGUGCUUUUCCAACUCGCAACACGCUACGACUUUGUUGCACAUACCUUGGCUGCUACAUCAGCUCAGCGGCUUGCAGUAACUACAAAGUCACAUGAGGCUUCUCAAGAUGCGUAUCAAUAUCGGAAACAGGCUCUUCAUGGACUAUAUCGAGCAAUGGGGUGCUUUUCUAAAGAGAAUGCUGAUGCAAUUCUCGCCGCGUCCCUGGGAUGCUCAUAUAUAAUGUCCGACCAUCGCUCCCUGAUGACCCUAGCAGGAAACAUCUCUACAGUAAGCCUCGACAAAAUCAUUCUCUCUUCCACACCGCUCACAGUAGAGCAGGUGGCCACCCGGAUGAAGCCUUGGCUCAAACGGUCGGCCUUUCACCAAAUCUUUACAUUCGAGCCAACGCACUACGAAACCGAAGAGCAAGCAGCCUCGUCGCCUCCCGAGACAGGAGACAUGGAACACCGCUUCGCCCUCAUCAAGACGCUUCUGGCCGAGGGCAUCGGCUCAGUCAACGGCCUAGCUUUUUGCUUCCAGGGCGACCGCGAUCUCUCAGCUGUGCUUCGACAACUCCGAGACGUCAUGCGGCUCGUCCAUGAACGACUCGGCUCCGACCUCUCCGCCGAAGACCAAUACCGCCUCGUCUACCCUUUCACCGCGUGGUUCGUCAAGAACUCGGCCGCCUCCUACGUCUCCCUCAGCGCAAAGAACCCGUUCCUGCUAGUCUUUCUUCUGCACAUGUACGCCGUUGUCGUCUCGCUGACAGUGUCCCUGCCGCGCAUCGACGUUCCGCUGUUUGCAAAGUACAGACUGCGAGCGAUUCUCGAAAUCUGCAACAUUUUGAAAAAUGAACCGGGCUUCUUGUGCCAACGGUGUAACGGGUUUCACUCAUAUGAAGAAGUCAUGGCGUUUCCGUUGAAUAGCGUGUCUGUGUAUCAGCAGUUUGGUAGAGAGACGGGUCUUUUAGAAGCAUAA